AUGGCACCAUAUUCUGAUUGUAGCACUACUACAACAUUACAAAGAAGAUGUAUCAUUGAAGUGGAAGAUUAUAAUGCUAAUAUUGAAGAAACUACAAAGUCUCGGUCAAAACAAUCUAAUGGCCGACCUUUAGCUGGUGUUUGGGAGUUUUUUGGCUAUGAUAAAGAAGAAUCCAAAAAUGGUCAUCGUUAG